UGGAGCCGGACAGAGCAGCUAGCAUUGACUGUUAACAGUUUCCUAACGUGUAUCGACGUUUAAUUGUUGGUAUACAUUAUUCGCUUCACCUCUAAACGAAAAAAUAAUGUUGUAUUACGAACUGACACUAAGAACGGCUUUAGAAAGAAGUAAUCGAGAAGUCAAUGUGCGCAGUCUUAACGGUGCUAACUUAGUUUGCCUGAGCUUUCAAAGUAAACCCAGGAAGAGAUUCAGUGUUGUCGGGGAGAUGGAGCUCGGGGUGUUUUCUUCCGCCAUGCUACACCAAACAGUCCCGUAGAACAUAACCAGUGCCCCCUGCUGAUGGCGCCGUACUGGCGAAAAGGAGCCGUAAACGCCGCUGAGCUGCUGAGCCGGAGGAGCAGAGGUAUCCGAGAAGCUGGGACUCUGAUCAGGCACAACAUGAAGCUCCUGAGAGGUAUCAUCCUCCAGGACAACAGGGAAUUCGUUAAAGCAUGGAGCAAGACCUCGAAAUCCAAAAUAAUGUAUGAGAAUGGUAAAAUCUACUUUCAAAAUUUCCAGAACUGCUACAGCUGUGUUCAUUCAGAGCCUCAUCUUCUUUACAAACUGCCCAAGAGAUCUAAAUUGGAGAAAUUUGAAGAUGCCCUGCUGUGUCAGAGCCCGCUUGACAGCAUGUUAGCCUCCCCUUCUGAUCAUAAACCCAGCCUCUUGGCUCUGACGGCCGAUAACUGGCUGUGUCGACUUUCAGCUGAAACGGGAGAAGAGCUGCAGAGAGUUUACCUCUCUCCCAAACAUAAGUUCAGGUAUCUUGGCUGGGAUGACUCUCAAGAGAUAUUUUAUGUUAAAUCUGUUCAAAACAAAGAAUCUUCGUUAGCACGACGGGCAGGUAUCACUCAGAAUGCGAUGAUGCAUCUGGCCAUCUUCCAUGUCUUCCCCUUACAAAUUGUGGGCAUUUUGGAGAUCAACAGAAAGGUAUUUGGAAAUGGGGUCACCGAUGUUGUUCUGUCUCAAGGUGUCCUGGUGGUGUCUUACAGCAACAAGUCAGUAAAGCUGUACAGUUUUGAGCACAUCGUACAAAAGUACUUGACAGAGAAGUUAAUGCUUGGAAAGCAGAGUCUUCUUCUUGGAGGCAAAACUGUGGGAGAUACUCCAUUUGGUAUCCCAGUAAAUAUCCAGAUCACAGAUUGUCCUCCAGUGCUCUUUGAAGUGUCAUGCGCUCAUAACAGUUUCCAGAUUGGAGGCUACCCGUGGCACUACAUCUACACACCACCGCAUAAAAGUCAUGAAGGCACUCACCACAUCUGUUCUCUCAAGGACAGCACUUUAGCAAUAAGUGGUGUACAAAACAUGGACUGCUGCUCUCUAGUGAGUGAUACCAUCUCCUUCCACCCUGAUGACUCGGGAAGAAUCUUUCAUGUUGGACCCGCCACAAUAAAUGUCCUCAAAAUCAAUGGUGAACUGAAUAGUGGUUUACCAUCAAAGGUAGUUAAGGAUUUCUCCAUGGCAACUCUUCGAAACAACAAUCCUACCUCACAAGUGACUGUCACGUCAUCGGGUCGCACAGUGAAGAAAAGAUUUCAUCAGCUGGAUGAUGACCCAGAUCUAGAGACUUUCCAUAUGGUGGAAUAUGAGGAUGAGCUUGACCUUUUGGCAGUAGUGGUAACUAAUGGUGCAGAGGGAGAAGGCAGAGCCCACAUCCGACUGCACGACAACCAGAACGGGCAGUUACUGCGGACAGUUGAUCUGGAUGAACCAUGGGACGAAACGUACCGACAUGAGUUGUUGUUUGAUAAGGACACCAUUGUUCAUAUUGAACAAAAGAACACCGACUUCUGCUGCCAUGUUUACAAACUGAAGGCUGCCAGAGAACAAGUGCCAUUUACUUCGUAAGGUUAUGUAAAUGUAUGCAUUCAACAACUGUUUUGAUAAAGGUUUUCUGUAAAACAUAUCACUGUGUCAAUGUUUCUUAUGUGUGUGUUACAUUAACUUGUUUCAAAUAUCUACAUUCUUUACACUCUUUAUCUUAAAAUAAAAUUUGAUGUUUUUCCAAUUUA